AAGGGGACGGUCGGACCGGUCGGUUGGGUUCGUUAUCUUUUCCUCGGGGCAGUGCGCCAGAUAUUCAUUCAUUCAUGAGGAGGUGUGCCUGUGCUUCCGCAGAGAGCUUCAGCAGUCUCUCUUCCUCGUCCAUGGAAUCCCUUCUUAAAUCCUCUUUCCCCAUUUUCACCUCUAACCCAACUCUUCACACCCUCAGGGCAUCCGCGUCCGCAUCGCCCUCCACCUCCAGGGAGUCGAUCAGGCCGCCUCCCCCCGACUUUGACUUCAGGAGAGAAAUCCAGGCGGAUUCCAGGGCCAGGAUCUUCCAGACCCACCCUGAGCUGCUCGAUUUGGCUGAUAAUGGUGCGUUAGUGCUGAUCGAGAAGAGGCAGUACGGCCCCGUGCCCCCCUGGAGGUCGGAGUUCGUGGAGCCCGAGGCCAUAUGGCUUGUUGGCACCUUCCACAUCUCCGAUCGGUCCGCCACCGAUGUCGAGCGUGUCAUACGAUCGGUGGUGCCCGACAAUGUGGUGGUCGAGCUCUGCCGGAGCAGAGCUGGGAUAAUGUACUCUUCAAACGGUGGCGAUGCUAGCCAACAAGAAGUUCGGUCCAGUAUGUUUUCUCUCAGUGGCACUGGGUUUUUCGGCGCUGUUGGUCGUAGCAUAAACUUGGGUGGGCAAACGGCUCUUGCGCUGCGUCUGCUCCUUGCAGUUUUCUCAUCGAAAAUAUCCAAUCGCCCCUUUGGAGAUGAGUUUCGGGCUGCACGAAAAGUAGCUGAAGAGAUUGGUGCUCAAAUCGUUUUAGGUGAUCGACCAAUUGAAAUCACACUUGAAAGAGCUUGGAAUUGUCUUAAUUUGGACGAGAAGAUACACCUAGUAUUCUCGGUUUUUCGCGGCUUAGCUUCACAGUCUGAUAUAGCAGAAAACAAUCUCAAGGAAUCAAGCACCAAAGAUGCCACGCUCGAACUGUAUGGACAGCUAAGUUAUUCAUAUCCAGCUCUCCUGCAGCCUCUCAUUCAUGAACGAGACACUUAUCUUGCGUGGUCAUUAAAGAGAAGCAAAGCCGUGAACAACAGCAAGAGGGUAGUUGGAAUUAUUGGAAGGGGCCACAUGAACGGGGUAGUAUACUCGCUCAUAUCGGACCAAGGAAACUUGCGGUUCCGAGAUCUCACGGGAAAGAGGCCCGACGAUGAUGGAUCCAACAGAUUGGUUACGGAUCUUGCUAAGAGCUUGGCCAGAGACACUUUAAUCGGCAUCGUGUUGUGGGCUCUGUAUGAAUUGGUAAAAGGCGGAUUGUAGAGUCGACCAAUGUUUCUAUCAACUCGGAAUGGAAAAUGCUGGCGAGGAAUUGGGAACUCGAAUAUUGUUGUCGAUCUUCCUGUGCUUGUUCGACCGUCAAUCUUAUUCGUCUGUGAUAGGAUUACUGGAAAAAAAAAAAGAGUAUAGAAUUGUACAUCAGGAGAAUACAGAUGAAAAAAUUAUGUUUGAUCUGAAUUUCAGGAUCAUUGUUGUCCUAAUUACUACUCAAACAUUAAUAUGUUUUCUGUAGCUAGGAAUCAGGCACCGAUAGCGGAUGCCGCAAUUCCAGCUGAAUGAGCAGCUAAGUUAUUCA